UCGCCAUGUACACGCGCACACGUGUUACAUCUCCUCAUGACGCACAUGGGGAAUAUGGAGAGUUUUCUACUGGAAUUUAUACAUUUUUAUUAGGAAAAUGCUAUUUUCAAAAGAAGCGCCAUGGAGACGAUUAGAGGGCAUGUCGUUUGGCUUGUUCUCCGCUAAGGAAAUAAGGAAGCUGAGUGUGAAAACUGUCACCAAUGCCCAACUGUUGGACAAUGUUGGCAAUGCUGCAGCAAACGGCCUGUAUGAUCUUUCACUGGGUCCAGCUGAUAACAAGGAGAUCUGCUCAACCUGCAUGCAGGACUUCAACAGCUGUCCAGGGCACUUUGGCCACAUAGAUCUACCCCUGCCAGUCUACAACCCUCUGUUCUUUGAUAAACUAUUUUUGAUCAUCCGGGGUUCAUGUCUGACCUGUCACAUGUUGACAUGUCCGAGAGCGGCCGUUCAUUUACUGCUGUGCCAGCUGAAGCUCCUGGAUGUGGGGGCGAUGAAGGAGGUCUAUGAACUUGAGAAUGUUCUCAAUCAGUUUUUGGAGGUCAACCCUCAGCCAUCUGGAGUACAAAUCCAAGAAGUUUUGGAGGAGUUUAUAUCGCCCUUUCUCAAAGCCAAUGAAGACAAUCAGCACACUGCUCCUAUCAAACAUGUCUGUGAGAAGAAAAGCAGUCUCAUCAACAAUUUCUGGAAAAUACACAUGAACUCAAAGAAAUGCCCAAAUUGCAGAGCCAGUUCAGUGAAAGUGCGCAAAGAACACAACAGCAAACUCAUUGUCACACAUGCAUCUGCCACAACAGACUCAGAACUAAAGGAUGAUGACUUGCAGCUGACCAACCGUGGAUAUUUGACUCCAAGUUUAGCUCAAGAGCAUGUCAUCAAACUUUGGGAGAAGGAAGGCUUUUUCCUUAGGUAUCUCUUCACAGGGUGUGACAUGAACAGUUUAGAGAAAGGCUUCAAUCAUGAAGUUUUCUUCUUAGAGCUUCUGGUGGUUCCUCCAUGCAGGUACAGACCUGUUAAUCGGGUAGGAGACCAGAUGUACACCAAUGGUCAGACUGUGAACCUGCAGGCCGUGUUAAAGGAUAAUUUCAUCAUUCAGAAGUUGCUCGCAAUGAUCGCAGCGGAGAAGACCCAAGCCAUUGAAGGCACACAGACGGAGUUGGAGCAGUCCAGUGAAACUACACAGAUCAGUCAGAUAGAUCAGACCUUCUUAACGGGCAUCCCAGGACUGACACUCACAGACAAGCUCUACAACGUCUGGAUCCGUCUACAGAGUCAUGUCAACAUCGUGUUUGACAGUGACAUGGACAAACUGAUUACAGAGAAGUUCCCUGGAGUCCGUCAGCUCUUGGAGAAGAAAGAGGGUUUGUUCAGGAAACACAUGAUGGGGAAGCGAGUGGAUUACGCCGCUCGCUCUGUCAUUUGUCCUGACAUGUACAUCGGAACCAAUGAGAUUGGAAUACCAAUGGUUUUUGCUACCAAAUUGACGUACCCGCAGCCGGUGACACCGUGGAAUGUGAAGGAACUUCGGCAAGCUGUGCUGAAUGGACCCAAUGUUCACCCUGGAGCCUCUAUGGUCAUUAAUGAAGAUGGAUCCAGAACCAUCCUCAGCAGUACUAACCUGACCCAGAGAGAAGCUGUUGCCAAACAGCUCCUGACACCCAGCACUGGACAGCACAGGAUACCCAUGAAGAUUGUCAAUCGUCACAUCAAGAACGGAGACGUGCUGCUGUUAAAUCGUCAGCCCACUCUCCACAGACCAUCUAUCCAGGCUCACUGCGCUCGGAUCCUGCCCGGAGAGAAAGUGCUCCGGUUACAUUAUGCUAACUGUAAAGCCUACAAUGCUGACUUUGACGGUGAUGAGAUGAACGCUCACUUCCCUCAGAGUGAGCUGGGACGUGCCGAGGCCUACACGCUAGUGAGCACAGAUCAACAGUACUUGGUGCCUAAAGACGGGAAGCCGCUGGCUGGUCUGAUUCAGGAUCACAUGGUGUCCGGCACCAGCAUGACCAUCCGUGGCUGUUUUUUUACACGGGAUCAGUACACUGCUUUAAUCUACAGAGGCUUGACGGACAAGAUUGGCAGAGUAAAGCUCCUCCCCCCCGCACUCAUUAAACCAGUUACGCUCUGGACUGGUAAACAGGUGGUAUCGACCCUAUUGCUGAAUGUCAUUCCUGAAAACAGCAUCCCUUUGAACCUUUUGGGAAAGGCAAAGAUUCCUGGUAAAGCCUGGGUGAAGGAGCCUCCCAGAGCCGUUCCAGGAUACAAUCCAGAUAUUAUGUGUGAAUCUCAGGUGGUGAUUCGUCAGGGAGAGCUUUUGCUCGGGGUUCUGGAUAAAGCUCAUUACGGCAGCUCUGCGUACGGUCUGGUUCACUGCUGUUAUGAGCUCUACGGAGGAGAGACCAGCGGCAAACUGCUUAGCUGUCUGGCACGACUCUUCACUGCCUACCUGCAGCUUUACCGCGGUUUCACCUUGGGUGUGGAGGACAUUCUAGUAAAAGGAGGAGCCAACAAACAAAGAAGAAAAAUUAUCAAAGAAUCAUUCAAAUGUGGCUCCAAGGCUCUGAAGGCGGCAUUUAAUCUGCCUUCAACUACUGGAGAGAACGAGGCCAGGGAACGCUGGCAAGACGCCCAUCUGAACACUGACCAGAGAGAUUUCAACAUGGUGGACCUGAAGUUCAAGGAGGAGGUCAAUCAAGUGAACAACAACAUCAACAAGGUGUGCAUGCCGCUGGGUCUCCACCGCCCCUUCCCUGAAAACAACCUACAGCUCAUGGUGCAGUCUGGAGCGAAAGGUUCAACUGUUAAUACCAUGCAGAUCUCGUGUUUGUUGGGUCAGAUCGAGUUGGAGGGCCGCCGGCCGCCACUGAUGCCUUCUGGGAAAUCUCUGCCCUGUUUUCAGCCCUAUGAACCUCAGCCACGCUCUGGAGGAUUCGUCACGGGCAGAUUCCUGACGGGCAUCAAACCUCCUGAGUUCUUUUUCCAUUGUAUGGCUGGUCGUGAGGGUCUUGUGGACACUGCUGUCAAAACCAGUCGAUCUGGUUAUCUGCAGAGGUGUGUAAUCAAGCAUCUAGAGGGUCUCGUGGUACAGUAUGAUCUGACUGUGAGAGACAGUGAUGGGAGUGUGGUUCAGUUUCUCUACGGAGAGGAUGGACUGGAUAUUCCCAAGACACAGUUUCUACAGCCACGGCAGUUCCCUUUCAUCAAAGACAACUACGAGGUUAUAAGAAAGUCUAAGUGCUUGGAUGAAGUUCUGGCUAAAAUGGACCCACAGGCUACAUUUAAUCACUUUAAUGCCAUAAAGAGAUGGAAAGCCAAACAUGAACGCCUCUCACCCAGAGACAGCGCCUUCCUGCUGUAUUCCCAAAAAAAACUGGGCAAGAUAAAGACUCAAACUGGGGGCCAGGAACUGGCCAAUGGGAGAGAAGCAGCCACUUUACAGCUUGUGGAGAAGUGGAGAUCUCUUGAUGAGUCUGGCCGUAUGAAGUAUUUGAAGAAGAGCUCUCAUUGUCCAGACCCGUGUCUGGCACUUUACCGGCCGGACAUCUGCUUCGGUUCAGUGUCUGAGACUUUUGACUCCAUUGUUGAGUCCUACCUGAAUCAGUUCAACGUUAAGCAGGAAUUUCAAACAUCCUCUGACAACAUUGACGCAGAUAGAUUGCGAAGUCUCCUGCAGUUAAAGUGGCAGCGUGCUCUGUGUGAUCCAGGAGAGGCCGUGGGGCUGCUGGCCGCUCAGAGCGUUGGUGAACCCUCCACACAAAUGACUCUCAACACCUUCCACUUUGCAGGCAGAGGAGAGAUGAAUGUCACCCUGGGGAUACCCAGAUUGAGAGAAAUCCUCAUGAUUGCCAGCGCGAACAUCAAAACCCCCAUGAUGAGUAUUCCAGUUCUUAUGAACAAAAAAGCCAUGAAGCGUGUUAAGAUGCUACGUAAAAAGCUAACACGUGUGUGUUUGUCAGAGGUGCUUCACAAGGUGGAUGUGAUGGAAACUUUCCGUGUAGAAGGGAAAGUGAGACAGAAAUCACGAGUCUUCAAACUCACUUUCCACUUCCUGCCUCCUGAACGUUACCAGCAAGACAAGCUGCUCAUUCCUCAACAGAUCCUUCAAUACAUGGAGCAAAAAUUCUUUCGUCUGAUGUGGGAGGCCAUUAAGAAGCUGAACGCCAAACUGGCAUCCAUCAGUGCGGUGGAGACUCGCAGGGUCACGGCAAGAGAAGGCGAGCAAGAUGUAAACGUCAACCCGGGAAGAGAGGACGGUGGCGAUGAGGAUGCAGAAAACAGCAGAAUUGUGGAUGACGAGGCAAACGAGGGAGACGCUGAUGCAACAGAUAGCAGGAGAAAAGAGAAACAAGAAGAAGAGGUGGACUAUGAGAGUGAGGAGGGAGAGGAGGGCAGCAAUGAUGAACGAGAGGAUGUGGCUAAGGACACACAGGAAGAGGCAGGUACUCCAGAGCUCCCUGAAGAGGAGGGAUCCAAUGAAAACCCAUCGCCAGUCCAGACCCAGAGUACUGAACAAUUAAAGGGAGAAUCACAGGAGUCUCUGAGGAUUAAUACUGUGCUGCAAAUAAACUCUGCCUUUGAGGAUUACAAAUACGACACAGAAAAUGGCCUGUGGUGUGAGCUGACCCUGGUCCUGCCCAUCACUAAAGUGCACUUUGACCUCACGUCAGUGGUGGUGAAGCAGGCCCAGAAUGCUGUGAUCAUGGAGACCAAGGGCAUCACACGCUGCCUGCUAAAUGAGGUCACCAAAAAAGACGGAAGCAAAGAGCUGGUGCUGAACACGGAGGGAAUCAACAUGCAGGAGCUGUUCAGACAUGCUGAUAUCCUGGACCUGAACCGGUUAUACUCCAACGAGGUUCACGCCAUGGCCAACACGUAUGGCAUUGAGGUGGCCCUCAGGGUCAUUGAGAAAGAGAUUAAGGAUGUGUUUGCUGUUUAUGGUAUUGAGGUGGACCCACGUCACCUCUCUCUAGUGGCUGACUACAUGUGUUUUGAGGGGGUGUACAAGCCUCUCAACCGGUUUGGUAUUCAGUCCAACAGCUCCCCACUGCAACAGAUGACAUUCGAGACCAGUUACAAGUUCUUGAAGCAAGCCACAAUGCUGGGUUCUUAUGAUAAACUGAGUUCGCCAUCAGCUUGCUUGGUUGUAGGGAAACUUGUGAAAGGUGGAACCGGCCUCUUCGAUCUGAAACAGCCAUUACAGUAAUGGACUGAGGAUUUAACAAUGGAACGGCUCGCUGCUAUAGUGUUGACAGGAUCACAUGCAUAUUUUCUGUCUGUAAAAUCAAUAAAAUCAAUCUUUUUUUUCAGACUA